AUGGCAUCUUCAGCUCAACACGCUUCAAAAUUUACUCGUUAUUUACAUUCCGAAACAGGACCUAAGACAGUUCACUUUUGGGCUCCGGUUUUAAAGUGGUGCUUGGUUAUCGCUGGGUUCAAUGAUUUACAAAGACCUAUUGAAAAGGUUAGUGGUACUCAACAAGUUGCAUUAUUCGCUACUGGUGCUAUAUGGACUAGAUGGGCAGGCUUUGUUAUCCAACCCCGUAACAUGUUAUUAGCUAGUGUUAACUUCUUUUUAGGAGGUGUUGCCGGCUACCAAAUCUACAGACUUGCAGACUACAGAGUAAAUGAAGGUGAUUCACCAGCACAAGUUUUCAAAUAUAUUGUAAGUGGUUCCAGUGAGACCGUAGAACCAGCUACAAAUACCGAACCAACAAAAUAA